GGGAGGGUGCUGGGAGGAGAGGGAGAGGCUGCGGCGGCGGCGGCGGCGGCAGCGGCGGGGGCGGCUGGAGGAUGAAGAAGGAGCAUGUGCUGCACUGUCAGUUCUCCGCGUGGUAUCCACUGUUCAGAAGCCUCACAAUCAAGAGUGUCAUCCUUCCACUUCCUCAGAAUGUGAAGGAUUAUUUACUUGAUGAUGGAACUCUGGUGGUGUCAGGAAGGGAAGAUCCGCCAACAUGUUCUCAGCCAGACAGUGAUAAUGAAGCAGAAGAAAUACAGUGGUCGGACGACGAGAACACAGCCACGCUUACGGCACCAGAAUUUCCUGAGUUCACCACUAAAGUCCAAGAAGCUAUCAAUUCCCUGGGGGGCAGUGUAUUUCCAAAGCUUAACUGGAGUGCCCCAAGGGACGCGUACUGGAUAGCAAUGAAUAGUUCUCUGAAAUGUAAAACGCUCAGUGACAUCUUCCUACUGUUCAAGAGUUCUGAUUUCAUCACUCGUGACUUCACCCAACCAUUUAUUCAUUGUACUGAUGAUUCCCCAGAUCCGUGUAUGGAAUAUGAGCUUGUUCUUCGAAAAUGGUGUGAAUUAAUUCCCGGUGCUGAGUUCCGUUGUUUUGUCAAGGAAAAUAAGCUUAUUGGUAUUUCUCAGAGGGACUACACACAAUAUUAUGAUCAUAUUUCUAAACAAAAGGAAGAGAUUUGCAGAUGCAUACAAGACUUUUUCAAGAAACACAUACAGUAUAAAUUCUUAGAUGAAGACUUUGUAUUCGAUAUAUAUAGAAACAGUAGGGGGAAGGUGUGGCUGAUUGAUUUUAAUCCAUUUGGUGAAGUCACAGAUGCCCUGCUGUUUACUUGGGACGAACUGUUAUCUGGAAGAAACUUAAAGGGUGAUUUUAGUGAAGAAGCCCUGGAGCAGGAUGCUCCGGCCUUCCGUUGCACCAACAGCGAGGUCACAGUUCAGCCGAGUCCCUACCUGAGCUGCCGGCUGCCCAAGGACUUUGUGGACCUCUCCACCGGAGAGGACGCUCACAAACUCAUCGAUUUUCUUAAACUGAAAAGGAAUCAGCAAGAGGAUGACUGAUUAGCAUGCUAGAGUUCAAGGCCAAGUCACACAGGAAACCACUGCUGCUUCUGGAGGCCGUACAUAGUCCACAAGCUCCUAUUAACCCAGUCAGCAGGGGAGGGGGAGGGGGCAGCGUGGAAGUCAGUGGCUUUUUAUAUUCAUGUAUAAAACUGGGGGAAAUGGAGGGACUUUGCUACUUGUAAAAAUAACACAAUAAAUAGAUCUUAAACAUAGGAAACCAUCCUGUUCUGAUG